CUGCGAUCGACACAGGAUGGAGAUCAUGUCGCUCAGCCUAAUGUUCUCCACGCUGAGCAUCACUCCCAACAGAUCUCAGUUCUUCUGGCAUGAAGAGAUCUCUCUGAAGUGUGUGGCAAACUCCAGCGGCUGGAAAGUGAGAAGGAACACCUCCUUUAAAACGGAUGAUACAUGCAGGUAUGGCUGGGGGAUUCCAGGUGAGUCCUUCUGCAACAUUCAGGACAUCUACCCAUCAGACACCGGAGUGUACUGGUGUGAGAAUCAGCAGGGCGAGUGCAGCAACACUGUCAACAUCACAGUGGCAGAGGGUCUUGUGAUCCUGGAGAGCCCUGCGCUUCCUGUGACGGAGGGAGACGAGGUGACACUUGGCUGUUCCUACAAGGAAGCAAACGAAGAGAAGUCAUCAAAUUUCUCUGCUACGUUCUACAGAAAUGACGAGUUCAUCGGCACCGAGCCUGCAGGAAAGAUGGUCCUCACCAAGGUGUCCAUGUCUGAUGAAGGCAUCUACAUGUGUCAACACCCAACGAAGGGGAAGUCACCUCGGAGCUGGCUGGCAGUGAGACCUCAGCCUAAAGACGUCCAUCCUCCUCCCAUCAUGCCUCUGCCCAGGCUGCUGUGUACCAUCCUGCUGUUCGUCCUCUACACUGUCAUACUCAUAGUGUGUAUAUGCAUGUACCGAAAGAUGACACUUCUGAAAGUAUAACAAUCAUCAUCAUCUUCUCUGUCUGCCUCUUCCACAAGAGGUCAGAGCUUGAGCUGAAGCCGAAAAGUACAGCUGAUCAUCUCACGCUGGAAUGAAGAAGAAGAAGAAGAAGAAGAGCUACAACUUUUUUCUAUAAUUCUGUGUUUGGGGUUUGGGUUCUUCUGUAUCUUCUCUUAGCUACUAUAACAUCUAUAGAGGCUAGAACCUGACAAAAAAAAUGUUUUUUAUUAAUGCGUAGAUUAAAAAAAUUGUAGUUAAAUUUAGAAAUACAUUUAAAACAAAAAAAUGCUAAAUUGAUUUAUUUAUUUAUUUAAGAAAAUAUAAAAUAAAUAAAAGAGGAAAUUAAACAAAACAGGUUCAUAAAAAGGCAAAUGAAAAAAAGAAGAAAUUAAAACAGAAAUAUAAAUGUAUGUCACAUUCUAUUAAUUAAUUAAUUAUUAAUUAUAAAAUGUGACUAAUCAUUUAUUUAUUGAGUAAUUAUUUUUUUCUUCCUCCAUAAACAUGAUGCCUACUUAAUAAUCUUUCUACACGCACUGAGCACUCUCAUGACUUAUGUUUAAACAAUGUUAAAAAUCAUUAUAUAGUUUUCCUUUCUUAUUUCUAAGUUGCAAUAUAUACAUAUAUCUGUGUACCUGUGCUGUCCAUGUUCAUUUACAAGCCGGAAAUGAAUAAACGGCUUCUACGUUGAGAAACAUUCACACAAACCUCACAAAAAAUAAGCUCAUGAACAUUUUAACAUGUUAUGUUAUUUUCCCAAAAAUAUUGCGAAUUUGUAAUUGUACGCUUAAAAAACAGACACCACUGCACUUUAACUUUUUAUUUGAUGAUGCUGUAAGGUCUUUUGGUUACACCUUAACGCAUCAUUUACUUUGAUUUGGAGGUCACUCUGCUUCUCUCACCAGACUCUGCUGCUUGUCCCAUAAAAUAUAUAUAAAAGUGAAAUCUGUCAGUUUGCUGUAUUUUCCCCGAAACAACUGCUUCAGAAUGUUUUUACUCAUGUGACGUUCCUGUUUUCAUUUUCAUCUGUAUUAUAUUGUUUAUUGUUGAUUUCAGCCGGCUCAUUUCAAAUUUCACCCUUUCUACACCGAUGCAUUAAGAAAGAUUUGCCAGCAGAUGUCCCAAUUUCCAAACGCUUUAAAUCUGUUUGAAUGGAAUUUGUUGCAUUCAGGUACUCGCUCAUGUUAUUGUUUUAUUUGGAUGCUUUAUGGGAAAGGUGGGAACAUUUUCCGCCCGUCUGAUAGGGUCCUAAAGGAGACACCUGAAUCAUAACCUU